AUGGCGGCUCUUCGACCCUCCUGCCGCGAAGACUUUAAGAUAGCGAUUAUCUGUGCUUUGCCACUCGAGUAUAAUGCCGUGGCCCUCCUCUUUGACGAAUUCUGGGACGGAAAUGGAGACCGAUUUGGCAGGGCAGCCAGUGACGAUAAUACCUAUAAAACCGGUCGCAUUGGCCAGCAUAGCGUUGUACUAGCACUGUUGCCUGGCAUGGGCAAAGUCAACGCUGCUGCUGCAGCCGCCAGUAUGCGAUCAAGCUACGUCGCUCUACGACUCGUGCUCCUCGUGGGCAUCUGUGGCGGUGCGCCUCGUUGUAACAAAGAUGAGAUCUUGCUGGGAGACGUCAUUAUUAGCAAGACUGUUAUUCAGUACGACUUUGGAAGGCAAUUACCAGAUGGUUUUGUGCGCAAGGACAAGCCCCAAGACGAUCUAAGAAAACCUAACAAAGAUAUCCUUGCAUUCUUGGCAACAUUCGAGACGGACUUGGGCAGAGACAACCUUGAAAAAAAGACUGCGAAAUUUCUCAGACAGCUCCAGGGAAGGGCCGGAAUUUAUCAGACUAAAUAUAAAUAUCCCGGCACGGCGGAGGAUAAGCUGUUCGACUCGGGCUAUCGCCACAAACACCACACCUCGUCUGCGUGUAUCUGCAGCAAUUGUAAAGAGAGUACGGACCCUGUCUGUGCUGGGGCUCUUGCCUCGGCCUGCGACGAUUUGGGGUGCGAUGAGACAUACCUAGUAAAGAGGGCUCGACUAGACGCGAGACAGCAGUUGGAGCAAGGUGAAAACAACAAGGCGCAAGGCCCUGUCAUCUACAUUGGGACUGUUGCCUCCGGCGAUACCGUAAUGAAGUCAGGACAGGACCGGGAUAGGAUCGUCGAGAAAGAAGGCGUUAUUGCGUUUGAGAUGGAGGGAGCUGGAGCAUGGGAAGAAGUGCCGUGUAUCGUGGUCAAAGGUGUGUGCGAUUAUGCCGACUGCCAUAAGAACAAGAAGUGGCAAGAUUUUGCGGCGGCAACAGCAGCAUCCGCGUCCAAGGCCCUUCUAGAACAAUACAUCCAAACAGACAAACAUCGGGGCCCGGUCACGGAGGAACCACUGGCCUAUUUUCUCGUCCCGUUUGGAAGGAAUCAGGGCUUCGUUGGCAGGGAAACGAUUUUGCGAGAGCUUCGGGGGAGGAUCUGGCCUGGCACGAGUAAGGACAAUUGCCAGAGAAUCGCCGUCGAAGGCCUUGGGGGGGUCGGCAAGACGCAAAUCGCGCUAGAGGCCAUCUACCGUCUUCAUGAAGACCACCCGGACUGCUCUAUUUUCUGGGUUCCGGCCGUGGACGCAAACACCUUCGAGAACGCUUACCGCAAUAUCGGCAAACAUAUGAAGAUCGAGGGUCUGAACGAGGAACAGGCUGACAUUAAACAGCUUGUUAAAACUAAGCUCAGUGACGACAGCAGUGGCAGCUGGCUCUUGGUUAUCGAUAAUGCCGAUGACAUUGAAUUGCUCUUUGACGUCAUUAGACUGCCAGACUAUCUCCCAUUUAGUCGAAAGGGCUCGAUCCUGUUUACAACGCGGAAUCACAAGGCCACUGCCUCGCUUGGCGUCCUUCAGGAGGACAUUGUCCGCGUACUAGAAAUGGAUCGUAGCGAAGCCUCCGAUCUGCUACGGAAAGGUUUGAACAAACGCCAGAUGAAGAUCGACCCUGAACACACCGAGAGACUACUUGAAUCUCUAACAUACCUGCCGCUAGCAAUCAGGCAGGCAUCCGCAUACAUGGACAAGAACCACAUAUCACCUUCAGAGUACCUUAAGCUUUUCGAGUCUGAGCCUGAGGACACAAAGUAUCUGCUAAGUAGAGACUUUAAUGAUCCACAUCGAUACGAUAAAUCCCAAAAUGCAGUGGCCAAAACAUGGCAUAUUUCGUUUGAACACAUCUUGAAGAAUGAUCCGCUGGCAACGCAGUACCUGAAGUUCAUGAGUCUUCUAGCGGAGAAAGACAUCCCGAGGUCUCUUUUACCAACGACUGAGGAAAUUAAAGUACCAACGACUAAGGAAAUUAAAGACUUGGAGGCAAUCGGCACGCUGAAGGCAUAUGCAUUCAUCGCGCAACGUGAAGGACAAGAUUCAUUCGACAUGCACCGGCUUGAUGAACUGGAAGGCUGUGUAUCGUCUGCGAUACAGCAGCUUAGUCGAGCAUUUCCGCUUCCAACGCGCCAGAACAGAAACAUGUUGAUGAAAUAUCUACCGCACGCACAAGCCGCGCUGGACCUUGGGAAGCACCUUGAAGGUGAAAGGGUGGACGCUCGCCUUUCGUUUCUUGUGGCCGCAAGUUAUGAAUUACUCGGAAAUUAUCAAAAGGCAGAGCAGAUGUAUUGGCAGACACUCCAGCUUGACGAGAAGGACCCAGGCAAAGAGUAUCUAUACACACUUCAUUCUAUGAAUAACCUUGCAAAUGUGCUCUUACUUCUAGGGAAGCAUGAGGAGGCCCUACAGAUGCAUCAGCAGACGCUUCAGCUUCGCGAGAAGGUGCUAGGCAAAGAGCAUCCAGACACACUUUAUUCUAUGAAUCACUUUGCAAAUCUACUCUGUCGUCUAGGGCAGGAUGAGAAGGCCCUGCAGAUGCAUCAGCAGACGCUCCAGCUUUGCGAGAAGACGCUCCAGCUUCGCGAGAAGGUGCUAGGCAAAGAGCAUCCAGACACACUUCAUUCUAUGAAUUACUUUGCAAGUCUACUCUGUCGUCUAGGGCAGGAUGAGAAGGCCCAGCAGAUGCAUCAGCAGACGCUCCAGCUUCGCGAGAAGGUGCUAGGCAAAGAGCAUCCAGACACACUUAUAUCUAUGAAAAACCUUUCAUUUGUGCUCUCCCUUCAAGGGAAGCAUGAGGAGGCCGAGCAGCUACAACAGCAGAUGCUCCCGUUUCGCAAGAAGGUGCUAGGCGAAGAGCAGCCGGACAUACUUCAUAGCUAUAGUGACUUUCCCAGCUGCGUAAAAUACUCAGUAGGAAGGAAUCUCGACAGCUGCUAA